CCACAAAAGGAAUAUAAAAGAACAAAAAAAAAGAAAAAAAAAGGACGCGAUAAUCAUAAGGAACUUCUUCUUCUUCAUCAUCUCCGUUUUAGCCCUAUAAGAUUUCUAGAGAUCUCAUCGGUAGCAGAUCGAACAAUGGAUUUCAUGAAGGUCUUCGAUCAAACGGUUCGCGAAAUAAAGAGGGAGGUAAAUUUGAAAGUGUUGAAGGUUCCUGAGAUCGAGCAGAAGGGUUUAAGAAUUGAAUUAUGGGAGUGCAAAAAAGAUUUCUCUAGCCAGGUAUUGGAUGCUACGGAUGACGAACCUUGGGGCCCCCAUGGUACUGCAUUGGCUGAUAUAGCUCAGGCCACAAAAAAAUUCUCUGAGUGUCAGAUGGUUAUGAAUGCCUUGUGGACAAGAUUGCCUGAAACAGGAAAGAACUGGCGUUAUGUCUAUAAGGCGCUGGCUGUUAUAGAGUAUUUGGUGGCACAUGGAUCUGAACGCGCAGUUGAUGAGAUCGUAGAACAUACCUAUCAGAUCUCAUCUCUCACAAGUUUCGAGUAUGUUGAACCCAAUGGGAAAGAUAUGGGAAUCAAUGUGAGGAAAAAAGCAGAAAACAUUGUGGCACUACUGAAUAACAAGGAAAAGAUACAAGAGGUUAGAGAUAAAGCUUCUGCAAAUCGCGACAAGUACUUUGGACUGUCAUCUUCCGGGGUAACAUUUAAGUCAAGCUCUGCCUCUUUUAGUAGCAGCGGCAACUUUCAGAGUGGUGAUCGCUACGGAGGUUUUGAACAUAAAAAUGAUGGCGAUUCGUUUAAGGAUAGUUAUAAGGUAAAGGAUCGGUAUGGUGAAGAUAAGGUUGACCGAAGUACUUUUAAAUCAAAAAAGGGGUCAUCUCAUCAUGGCAGCAAGGUGCAAGCCACUGUUUCAGCUAGUGGAUCAAAGACAGCAAAGAGAGUAGGUAUACCUGAUAAAGCUAGUUCUAGUCCUUCACAGAGCGUAGCUGCAUCUUCAAGUAAAUAUGAGGAAGAUUUUGAUGAUUUUGAUCCUCGAGGGUCUUCAAGUACUAAGCCUUCUACAGGAAACUCUGGCCAAGUAGAUCUAUUUGGGCAAAAUUUGAUUGGUGACCUCUUGGAUGCACCAACACCUGUUCCAGCUGAUAAUUCAUCUGUCACUAGUCAUCCAUCGGAGGUUGAUAUAUUUGCUGACACCAAUUUUGUAUCGGUGAAACCAGAUUCUAAGAUGAGUGUAGAUCUGUUUGCUUCCCAGCCUUCCUCUUCACCUUUAGCUUCUUCAACAAUAGAUUUUUUUGCUGCACCAGAUCCUGUUGUUCAACCCGACGUCAGCUCUUCUAAACCAGUCCAGAUAAAUACUACUACGGUCGAUCCAUUUGCUGCAGUUCCACUAAAUAACUUUGAUAGUUCUGAUCCUUUUGCUGCAUUUGUUUCUCCUGCUGAUCCUAUAUCAGUACCCAAUGAAAGUGCCACCAGUGGUGGGAAUCAGCAGACUCCUACCAAAUCAGACAAAUCUCCUCUCGAAGCAAAGCCCACACCGAAGAAGGAUAAUUUUCAAGUCAGCUCCGGAAUAUGGGCUGAUUCAUUGAGCCGUGGACUCAUUGAUCUGAAUAUUGCUGCACCCACAAAGGUCAACCUUGCAGAUGUAGGCAUCAUGGGUGGAUUGACCGAUGGGUCAGAUGUGAAAGAAAAAGGGCCAACCACUUUUUACAUGGGUAGAGCCAUGGGUCAAGGAACCAAACUUGGCCAAUCCGGGUUCACGUCCACAUCAACGGCUGCAGAUGACUUUUUUUCAAGUCACCAAAACUAUCAAUUUGGCAGCUUCCAAAAGUGAUUUUUCAUCAACACAACUGAUAUUCGUUCUCCCCAGCUUCCACUCAGUAUUCAUUUGUGAAUUUCACAGCUAAAUUGAAGUAGAGAAGAGCAGUGUAUCGGUGCAAGUUAGGAAAGUGAUCAAUGUUGUAUCAAUACCAGGCCACUAAUUCAUAUACCAUACACCUACAAUGCAGAAAUAUUCCUGUACUUUGAUCUUAUGAAUCAUGUCAUAGGCAUUUCCCAAUUAUAUAAAAUAGAUGUCACUCAAUUCUUCAGUUA